GUAGUUUGACCGAGCGCCAGAAUGAAGAACAAAACGUUGACAGUGCUUUUGGCGAUUUGGUGUUGCACCGCAGCAUCGGUCAAUGCUGGUCCGAGAAAAGUUGAGCGCGACGAUAUCGACCAGAGCGCGGAGAACAAGUUGACUGAAAAAAUGGAAGAGUUGAACGAAAGGGAUCGCAUCAGUAUUAUCGGUGAUAUGAUUACGCUAGAGAAAAUCAAAGUUGAGGAAAACAAUAAAAAAGAAAACUCGAACGCUGAACGUGAUCCACUGAUCGCGAAAAUCGACGAGUUCUUCAGAAGUAGAAAACUCCGAAUUGAACUACCGACUGACGGAUCAUCUGCAGAUCUCUUCGGGCGAGCCUUGGGCCAGAAACAAUUCGAUGUACAACUCGCAGGGUUGACCAGCGGAGCAUCGGAAGCUCGCACAAAGCUCAAGAGGAUCGUACUUCCAAUUCUACUGGCUCUGAAAUUGAAGGCUUUGAUCGUUCUGCCAAUCGUUAUCACGAUGAUCGGUUUGGUUGGCAUCAAAGGACUCGGUGCAGGGCUCUUGGCCCUGCUGCUAUCAGGCGCAGUUGCCCUGAAAGCUCUCUUAACGCCGCCACCUCCUCUGCCUGCAAGGGUCACCUACGGUGUCGUCAAACCUCACGAGAUUCAUCAUGAACAUUGGCACAGAUCACAAGAAGAAAUCAACCAACCCUACAGGGCCUGGGCCCCAGAGUUUGCCAUUGAUUCAUAUCCUUAUGACUUGCCUUAAUCACGAAUCAAAUUUCAAUCAUCGUACCUCAUAGCCAUUCAUCUCUUCUUGUCUUAUUAUUUAUAAAUUUAUCUAUUUAUCUUCGUGUUAUUAAUAAAAUGUUAUUCAAUAUUUUUUAUACGAAAAAUAGAACAACCGUCUCGUUUAUUUACUUAAAAAAAUGAUUUUUUAUUGUAUUGUUCAAUCUCAGGUAUGUUUCAAUGGGUUGGUGACAAUCAUCUUGAUUUUCAUCUUCUUCAUAUCACGAUUUUUAUUUUGCUUGCAUUAAUCGUAGUUUGUGGAUUAUGCGGAAAAUAUGAAUAAUUUGGGAAAGAAAGUCAAAAAACAAAUGGGAAGUCACUCCGAACGUCGUUGAAAAAUUUUCCUUGUUAUUUUCAAUUAAGGCUAGAGAUUUACUGCUUGUGGAUACAUUAUUAUAGAAGAAUAGGAGCAUAGAAAAAUAUUCUAUGAGCUCAAGAAGAAUCACUUAGAAAAAUUUAUCGUACAAUUAGUCAUUGUAAUCUUUUGGUCAACAGUUAGAUUUAAGCUCCAAUUGUUUGCAGUAUUUUCUCGACCCUGAUUAAUUGAAUGAGUUCCAUCCAAUAAAUUCACUAUUCAUAAAAAGGAAACAAGCGUUAAAACGAUUUGAGAUUGAACGUCAUGAUUUUUCGCUUCCUCGAAAUUACCAUUGUGAAGAUAAUGAAUAAUUGAAUGCACAAGACAGAGAAAAUAUGCAACGUAAGUACUUUGAGAUAGAGAAAUGAUAAUAUCGAAUUUACCAUGAAAUAUAAAGG